AUACUUGUUCGUCAAAGUUCUCCAGAUGUGAAUAUUCAGCAAACAAUCGGCAAAUUCAAAACAUGUCCUCUUGAUCUGGAAGAAGAGAGAAGGAUCCAGAAAGAAAUAGAAAUGUGGAAGGACUAUAAAAACGAUGUUGACAGACUAAAACAGGAAAUGACAGACGUGAAGAAAGACCUUGAAGACGUGAAAGAAAGUGGUACUGCUGUAAAGAGAGACCUUGAAGACAUAAAGGAAAAUGUAACUGAUGUGAAGAAAGACCUUGAAGACGUAAAAGAAAGUGGUAAUGCAGUGAAGAGAGGCCUUGAAGGCAUAAAGGAAAAUGUAACUGAUGUAAAGAAGGACCUUGAAGACGUAAAAGAAAGUGGUAAUGUAGUGAAGAGAGACCUUGAAGACAUAAAGGAAAAUGUAACUGAUGUGAAGAAAGACCUUGAAGACGUAAAAGAAAAUGAUACUGCAGUGAAGAGAAACCUUGAAGACAUAAAGGAAAAUGUAACUGAUGUGAAGAAAGAAGUUGAUGAAAUCAAAAGACGGCAAGAGGCAGAUGAAACAAGGCAGGAUAGACAGAAGAAUGGAAACAUUUUUCAGAGGUUUUUAGAAAGGCUUUCAGAGAGGAGACGUUAUAACCGGAUGAAAACAAAACUUCAAGGUGACCUGAUAAAAUUCUAUAGACAAAGAUGUAGUUCAAUACCUCUCUCACCGCUUCUUGAAGAAGUAGAGACGCCUUUAGCUGGGUUCUACGUGAUGCCAGAUAUAGUCGCCGUAAAACAGAAGUCCCUAAAUUCCAAUGAAGAGGAGAGAAUACCCGUCAAGUCUUUGAGGAACCUGUUUUCAUUUGGAAGUCGAGAUCAACAAGAAAUGUAUUUAUCAGCUGAUGCAGGCUUUGGAAAAACUGCUUUCUCAAAAUAUCUUGCAGUCACGUGGUGUCAAGCUCAUUGUCACGAUGAAAACAACGCCUGCUUUAAAAGGGAGGAGUUAAAAACGUUAUUAGACUUUGAGUUCUUAUUUUUGAUUUUCUUAAGAGACAGUCCCUCUGUUUGUAAAAUUGACGAUAUGAUUGAACAGCAAAUUACGACGAAACUUCCUACUUCUGCAAUACUAGAUGAAGUGUUACGUAGAGAAAAAUGCUUGAUUAUAUUGGACGGUCUUGAUGAAUGGACUCACCCUGAUAUUAGCUGUAGCAAAAAAAUCCCACAUCGGUACGUACGUGAUAAUUGUGUUAUCCUAACGACAACUCGACCGUGGAAGCUUGGAGUUUCAAAUCUCAAAACAAGUCAAAUAAACAAAAAAGUAGAAUUGGUUCAAUUAAGUGCAGAUUCUACGCGGCAACUUGAAGAAAAUGCUAUAAGAAAAAUGACCGGUGUCCGUGACAAUAGAGUACUGAAGAGUAAAACAUGGGACUUUAAUAAAGUGAUAUCUGACCGUCGCCUAGAGCAUAUGCAAAGGAUACCACUCCUCCUCAUGUAUAUAGUUUGCCUAUGGUGCAACAACAAACCUAUAGGAAAUUCAAAACAUGAAAUUUACACCAAUGUCAUUGAAUUUCUAUUAUCGAGAACGUCAAAGAAACACCCGGAAGUUCAACCAUCUCGUGAAUCGUCUGCCAAUGAAAUUCCAGAAAACUUCAAAAGUCAUGAAUUUUGUAAAAAGUUUUACAGUCUUAUAACAUCAUUAGCAGAACUAGCUUACCAAACAAUAUGUAAGGAAACAAGAGAAAAUACGCUGGUAUUUGAUAGAACGGUUGCUGAUAUAUACCUCAAAGCAGACGACAUGAAAUUAAGUCUUCUCUCAGGAAUACUGACAGAGAGUAGAAGUAAAAAUUUAAUCGAAGAAAUUAUCAAAGUAUCUUUUUCUCACAAAACAGUGCAAGAGUUCUUUGCUACCAUAUUUAUUAGUUCUCACAGUGUUCUAGAAAAAUGUAAAACUGUUUCAGAUAUUCUGGACAAGUCAAAAAUUUGUGAAUUUAUCAGCGGCAUGAAUGCUGACUGGAUGUGUGCAAUAUCAAAUGAUAUGAUGUCUGUGAUAAAUGAAGACGAGGAAACACGCCGCUAUAGAACUAGGACAUGUGUCGAGUACACCAUGUACAAUACUCAAUGGUAUAACAUACAGGAAAUGUUCAUGUCGUGUUUAAAAGAAAUGCCUGAAAGUGAAAAUAUUCAAUUAUGUUUACAAGAUUUCUUCAUUGACGGGCACACCGAGCACAGUGAGCAGUUACAACGUUUUUUAAAGCAAAAUAAAACAAACAUAAAAUCACUUAAUAUAAACACCGACCAUACUUCCAGCAGUUUACGUGAAAUUAUAGAUUUAUUCUCUCUCACAGAUCUCAGUCAUAUACAGAAACUUUACUAUUAUGGUGACACCAGUUUGAGGAAGAAGGCUGAGAUAACCCGGAUAUUGUUUCCCAGUUUACAGAACUUAUCUUUGUGGAAUGGUAGAUGGACAAAUGAUGGAGAAAAUCUGAGUGAAAACAUGGCGCGAUGUCAAAACUUACAAUAUUUAUUUAUUGAAAGGUUCACGUUACCUCACAAACUACUGGAACCAUUUUUCAGUUUUAUCUCCGGUCAAAAAUCAAUGAAAGACUUAACAUUGAAGUCGUUAGUCUGUAAAAAACCUGGCUACCGCAGACAUUAUUGUAAGAGAUGGAACUUGGACUUGUCUCAACAUUCAGCUCUAUCAAAGUUAUACUUGCGGCGUUUACCUUGGAGGCUACAAUUAAAUAUAUCAACUCCGUCAUUAGUUUAUGUUAGGUUGUACGACAUCAAUCUAGAUGAUGAAAGUUCAUUGUUACUGUCACGUGACAUGUUGAAUAUUAAACGUGUGGUGUUGGAGAGGAUAGAAAUGUCUGCAGAAAGUUUACAGAACUUUUUUACCGUGCUGGAAAAUCUGCCACAGUCAGUUACAGUAAAGAUGGGGGCCAUUUUACCAUACAUAGAAUAUGACCGUGUUAGAGAAAAUAUUCGGAGUUCACAACAAACUUUUGAUGUGAUAAAAGACGACUGGCGGGAGAUUGAGUUCAAAACAAUAAAACCAAGUAAAGAAUAAACAAAGGAAAAACAUUGUAAAAUAAACUAAUGAAAUGACUUCAAUAAUUUUAAAUGAAAACAAUUUAAAAAUGGACACUUAAAAAACAAAAUGGCGGUUUCUUCUAUGUUAUACAUGUACUGUAUAGUUUGGUCAUUUAAUUUACAAACAUUUAUUUCAGUUUAAAGUUUAAUUAAGUGACAGUUGUUUAUAAAUAAAUAAAUAAAAACAU